AGGUGGAGGAAUGGGGAGGGGUGUAGAAGAGUUAAGAAGGGGAAGCUCAGAAGUAGAGUAAGUAAAGAAGAAAGGAAUUCAGAGGGCAUUGAAAGCACUUUGGAGGCAAUGGGUGGAGCAAAGAACAGAGCACGGUUGUAAAUCAAAACACAAUCCCGCAGGUAGAAGAGAGAAACUGAAAAGGCGCAUGUGAAAAAAGGAGAGCAGGGGAGAUAAGGAUAAAAGGUGAAAAGGGGUUAAGUUACAGUCUUGUGACGUUUAAUUCUCAUUCAGAGUCUGCUGAAUGAGAAGCACAGAAGAAGGAAGUACAGAGCUGCUAGCUGACUGAGGGAGUGGGAGGAUUAAUGUCAGAAAGUGGAUAAAGUGACAAAGUGAAACAGAAGAAGCGAGAACUGAGUUGAACAGAAGGCUAUAGUACACAGCGUGGUUGUUUGAGAUGUAACUGCGAACAAAAGUUUGCAGGUAAAACAGGCACAGAACAGUACGAGAGAGAGACAGACAGCAGCGAGCGCAGACGUAACGUAACGCCACCAUGUUGAUGAAAGAGUACAGGAUAUGCAUGCCUCUUACUGUGGAGGAGUAUAGAAUUGGUCAGCUGUACAUGAUCAAUAAGCACAGCCAUGAGCAGAGCGAGGGAGGGGAUGGUGUGGAGGUCAUCCGGAACGAGCUUGACACACACCCUAAAUACGGAUCUGGUCAAGUCACUGAGAAGCGUAUUUACCUCAGCAGUAAGUUGCCCUCCUGGAUGAAGAAGUUUGUCCCUAUGAUCUUCUAUGUCACUGAAAAGGCCUGGAAUUUCUACCCAUAUACUAUUACAGAGUACACAUGCUCCUUUCUUCCCAAGCUGAGCAUCAAAAUCGAGACGCACUUCGAGAACAACAAUGGAAGCAAUGAUAAUGUGUUUGAAGACAAACCCACACCUAUAGACAGUGUCUGCUUCUUGGAUAUACUGAGUGACCCGAUUCCUGACAAAUACUACAAAAAAGAUGAGGACCUGAGCAACUGGGUGUCAGACAGGACAGGGCGUGGCCCCCUGGUGGAUGGCUGGAGACAGAACACCAUGCCCAUCAUGUGUUCCUACAAGAGAGUUCAGUGCAGCUUUGAGGUCUAUGGGUUUCAGGGCCGGACAGAGGAGUUCAUCCACAGGAAUAUACGCGACGUCCUGCUAGUAGGACACAGACAGGCAGUGGCAUGGAUAGAUGAGUGGCACGGGAUGAGCCUGGAGGAAGUGAGGGAGUUCGAGAAGCAGCUGCAGCAGGAGACGAACCAGAAGAUGAAGAACGACAUGAGUGGCUCAGGCUCAGUCGCUCGCGUGCGUCCCCCCUUCUCCCGCUCUGUCUCGGUCACGGAUGCGUCGUCACUGAAGAAGAUGGGGGUGAACACUGUGGAUAUUACAGACCCUUCAUCAUCAUGUUCCUCCACGUUCAUGAGCCCUAUGAGAUUGAAUUCAUCAUCAGACUAACCGCACACUCCUGCCUGUUAAAAUGAAAUAACCAGCCAAAUACUGUUACUUUUCAAAGCUAUUCAUUAGCAGUAUGUUUUGGAAAUAUACACUAUGCACAGAUGUGGGUGAGGGGACCUUUUCGUCUUUUUUAUUUUUUAAUUGUUGCCAAAGCAUGCCUACUAGCGAGUUCCUAGUUCUCUCCUAUUGUAUGAUAGUUAUCAUAGAGGGUUAUUUUUUAUCAUAGAAGGUGAGGGUGAACCACCUUCCUCAAACACACAUGAAGCAACAACAUUUACAUGAACUGCUGCUACAUGAAACUAGACAUACGGAUAUAAUGGCUUCCUAGCUACAUUAGCUAUUCUGUCUCUUUAAGACUCCCAAUUAUGAAUGACUAUGACAUUGUCAGUAAGACAAAACCUUAGACAAACACAUGUUCUAAACACUAAACCCUGCUAGCACUCUAUCCUGUUUACACACCUUCCCAUGUGACUCUCUAUUGACCUAGAUUGACACUUUGUGUCAUACACCUUCUGCAUGUAUGUGCACCUAGCUGAUCUUACAGAAUUGCAGACUCAUCAAUGCACCAGCAAGGUCUGUUUUAGAUCAGAUUUGAAGGUGACACCAGUCAGCUUCCUACACACUUUGCUUUAAGCUCAGUUAACCUGUGCAAGUCUUUUGAAGAGAGGACCCCCCCUCCUCCCUGUACCUAUGAUUAGCUGUUGUUUAAUUGUUGUACAAAUGCACAAGGUCUAUUCUACUUGAACUAAUCUGCAUAAUAAUACCUGAACUUGCACAAAGAAUGCACAAUAAUGUGUCAGUCAGAUAGGUGACAAUCAUAUUAAGCACUUUGCCUUAUGUGUUCUGUCUGUUCCCCUGAAUCGCUGUGUAGGAAUAUCGCACCAUUAUUGUAAAUAUAUAUAUUGAUUGUUUAGGUCGAGUGGGAAAUGCUAGGCUAAUAUAUUCGUUCUUUAAAAAUACACCCUAGUUUUUGACAUAUGUAUGAGCUCCAUUAUUACAGUGAUAGAUCAAAUGUGUAUGUAGGUGCGCUCUGGCCAGCUGUUCCUGCCUGGAAAGAAUUACAGUGUUGAGCCUUGCGUUCUGGUCCUGAGAUUUAAAAACUGUAAUAUGUAUAUAAACUUUAGUCAAAUGGCCAAACAUCACAGAGACUCUUGCAUUAGACAAUCUGCUUGCCUAAUGGCCCCGGUGAAUGAUUUAUACUAAAAUAAACAAAUAUGAAAGAUUAGUGUAUAUAGAUGAGGCAGGGCUAUGUGUAUCUAAAAAGGAAUUGUAAUGU